CGAUGAUGCGCAUCCCACGUGCCUCAGUGAUGCUGUUGGCCCGCGGCUGCGGGCCACAGCACCAUCCAACGGGUAGGCCACCCGCCCGUGACGCACACAGAUCUGGUACAAGGCGAUUGUGUCUUCCUGUCUAUGCUCAUCAGUUUCUCAGAUGUUUUCCACGGCGUGAGGACAGAGAGAGAGAGAGAGAGAGAGAGAGAUGUGGACACACGGGGAAACACACGAGCACACGAUAGGUCUGGUGUGUGUAUGUGCAGUGCUCGCACGGGGUCUGCAUCCAGGUUCUCGCAAGAGCCCCUGAUAAAAACCGGUCAGAAGACGGCCUCCCCCCCUCCCCCUCCCCCGACCCCUCCCCCACCGCGUGUGCGUCCAUGUGUGUGCGGUGUUUAGGCACGGUUGGCAUCCGAAGUCGGCUAAUGUGGGGCUCGGUUUUGCUUGGCGGCACCACCGUAGGGCUGUGGUGGGCCACGGAUCGGAUGGCCUUCCUCCGCAAGUACAUCCAAGACGAGUGAGUAUAAGUAUAGGGGAGGGAGGGAGGGGAGGCACUUGACAAGUAAGUGUUUGAUGUAUGUGUUGAUGGAUGUGUUGACUGACUGACAGCUACCCUGGCGUGGCUGCCUUCAUCGACAAGCCGGUGGAGAAGACGCUGUGGCCGUUUAUGCUGCCCGAACACGAAAGAGGUCUGUCUGGUGUGCGUCGGUGUGUCUGUCGUGCCUGUCAAUGAACGAAUCUGUGUGUGUGUGUGUGUCUGUGUGUGUAUGCAGUGCCGGAACCGGAACAGCUGCCUGGGUGGAGCGGCCCGCCGACGAUGGUAACCCGGCGAGCUCAGCGACUUUGUUGACCUUGUCAAUAUAUGUAUUGGGGUGUGUGUGUGUGUGUGCGUGUGUUCCAGUCGAUUGAAGAAGAAGAAGUCGAGGAAACACCGCCGGUAAGAAACACACGCAGGGGGCGCAGUUAGACUCACGCCCACCCUCACUCUCUGUCUGUCUGUCUGUCUGUCUGUGUGUCAAUCCACCAGCCCCCGCAGCAAGGCAAUGUGGCCGCUGGUAUCCCUCAAGAAGAAGCAGAAGAAGAAGAGCAGCCUGAGGAGGCUGAAGGGGAGGAGGCCGUGGAGGGUGGAGAGGAGGAGGCGGCGGAGGGACCGGUAGAAGGAGAGAAGAAGGAGCCGACGGAGGGAGAGGAAGGCGACAAGGACGACAAGGCAGAACUUCCGCCUGAGGAGGGCUUCGGCGCUGAAGAAGGCAAGGACUCGGUUGAGGAGAUCACAGAAGAGAAGAAACUGCCUAAGGAGCCUAAGCAGGUCCGUUUACAUGUCAUAUGUCAUAGGCCCUCACACACACACACACACACACAAACAGAGAGAGAGGGAGAGAGGGAGAGAGGGGGUGUGUGUGUACUGAUUGGUCAGUACACUGACGAGGAGUUGAAGGAGGAGAUGGCCGAGGUGAUUCGCAUGUGCGACGAAAUGGACGAGGACACCAAGGCAAGAAAACCCACCACACACCCACACACCCACCACCAGACACGCCCCUGCACACACACACACGCGCCUGUCUGCCUGUCUGUCUGCAGAUGAUAUUUGGCAUCUCUGAGAUCCCCGACCUGCUGGCCAAGUUCGAGGCUCUCCCGCCCGACCAGAAGUGGGGACUCGGCAUGAUCACCGACGAAGAGCUGCGGGCCGCCACACAGAAGAACGUAAGUGUCCUGGGGUGUGCUGUGCACACACAGACACCCAGACAGACAGACAGACAGUCACCGAAAGAGAGAGACAAAGAGAGAGUUCUGUGGAUGGAUGGGUAAUGGGUGCAGGUUGAGUCGCUGGAGGGCGGGAUGGAACCAGCGAAGAAGGAGGUGAGCCCGCCCGAUGCCGAUGCCGAUGCUGGGGCUGGUGCGGCUGGCGGUGCUGCUGACGAUUUCGCGGGAGAGCCUCCUGCAGACGACGAGUUCAAGUGAGAGAGUGAGUUUGGAAGCUAUGGACAGAUGGACAUGUGUGUGUGUGUGCACAGGGGGCCGGGCAAACCCAUUAGCGCUCUCGUGCGAACCAUCGGUACGCUUGCACCUUCGCCCGCGCAUGUGUGUGUGUGUGUGUGUGUGCGUGCAGUGGUUGACGACCCCUACCGUGACAUUGCCGUGGAGGACGCCAUCGAGGCCGAGAAGAGAGCCCUGCAGGACAAGGACAGGUAUCUUCAUGGGCUGCACACACACACACACACACACACACACAGAGAGAGAGAGAGAGAGAACGAACACGCAGAGAGAGAACGAACACGCGAAGGCACACCUCUCUGUCUCCCUCUCCCUCUGUGUGUGUGUAUCUGAUGUGUGUAGAGAUGGCGUCUUCGACCGCCUCAUCGAAGUGGAAACCGAGCUUGUGCAGCACCGGUGCACACACGCACACACACACACGCAGAGAGAGAGAGAGAGAGAGAGAUCGACACCACCCGGCUCUGAUAUCUGUCUGUCAUUCGUGUGUGCAGCAAGUUCGUGAACCUGAAGAUCGCAGAGGAGGUCCAGGCCAUGCAGGAGGCGAUGGAGCUCAAGUACAACCGCCACUUCGAAAAGAUCAUCGGCCACGCGACGGAAGUGGUACGUGUGCCUCACUGCAUACCCAUCUCUCUGUGUUUGCGUGUGCGAGACGUCUCUCUCUCACUCUCUCUCCCCCUGUCUCUCUCUCUGUCCAUGUGUGUGUGUGUGCGUGUGUGUGCAGGCGAAGGAAGAAACCCAGAAGGUCAUCGAACGCGAGUGUAUCCAGAAAAUGAACCGCAUGGAGGUGCGUCCGUGUGUGUGUGUGGCACACUGCGAAAGACAGACACACGUGUCUGUGAGUGCAUUCCUGACUGGGUCUGUCCAUGGCAUGUGUGUGCAGAUCGAGGCGAUCCGCGAGAGAGAGGAGGCCAUCAAGCAGCUAGACCACCGGUGCGGUGCCCUCCCACUGACCCACUCAGCCACUCACCGGAUCACCUGCACACACACUCACCAAAACACACGUACUGCCUGUUGCUUCGUCCCGCAGCCACAUGGAGCAAAUGGAGGAGACGAAAGAACACUUCAGACAGGUCAGUCACACCAUACCCAGACAGACAGACAGACAGACAGGUGCAUUUCUGUCACUCUCUGUGUCUCUGUGUGUCCCUGUGUGUCCUAUCGUAUGCAGGAGUUCGAGAAGGAGAAGAUGGCCAACGCCGCGAACAUCUGCUGGGUGAGUGCGAGGGUGUGACGGUCUCUGUCCAUGUCUCCGCGUAUCGUUGUUUCAUCUCUCUCUGUUUCCUUCUCUCUCUCUCGGUCGGUUCGGUCAGAUGGACGGCCGCAUGAAGACAAUGGAAGAGGUAAGAACCCCUAUCUGACUGUCUGUCUGUCUGUCUGCCACGCACAGAGAGGGAGGGAGGGAGGGAGGGAGAGAGACAAACUCAUGUGUGUGUCGUCUUGUGUGUUGUGUGCAGGCGUUUGAGAAGGAGGCGGCCUCCAAGACUCGCGUCUGCAAGCUCAACAAGAUCAUCACAAUCGUUACCACACUGCAAGAGGUACACACACACACACACACACGCACUCACUCACUGUGUAUCGAUCGAUCGAUCCAUCAGCGGCUGGCGUGUUACCGGCCCAUCCGGAGGGACCUGGAUCUGGUCAUGGAAGUGGGAAGCGAAGACUCCGUCCUCAGCAGGUCAGCCGGCGCACACACACAUCAACCGCCAGACAACACGACAACAACACAACACACACAUGUGUGUGGUCUGUCUGUCUGUCUGGGUGUGUUGUGUGCAGUGUGUUCGCGGAGCUGCCGGCGUCGUGCGUGCAGAUGUGCGAGGAAGGGGUGCCCACACUCUCCGACAUGAGGGUCAGCCGGCCACCAAGCCGCACUGCUUGUUAUGUAUCCGUCCUGUGUGUGUGUGUGUGUGUAGAUGACGUUUGAGAGUACUCUGCAGCGCGACUGCGUAAAGGCGGCCUUUGUGGGAUCUCGAGUGGGGCUCCCCUGGCACUUCGCAGGUACGCACCUGCAUGGCAUGUGCUUUGUGUGCACCCAAUCGACACAGACACAGACACACACACACACACACAUGUGCUCUCUCUCUCUCUGUGUGCCUCUGUGCCUGUGUGUAUAUGUGACAGCCAACGUCUUCUCCACGUUCUACAUGGUGCAGAAGCGGCCGAGAAGCCACUACGACAUCGACGUCGAGACCGAAGGCAAGUUGUGUCGCUGCACACACACACGCACAGAGAGAGAGAGAGAAAGAGAGAAAGAAGGAGAGACCACAUUACACGCUGUGCGUGUCUGUGUGUGUGUGUGCCCUGCAGCCGGCGGUGGCGAGCUGCGCAUGAACCUCGACAACCUCAGCUCGGCCGCCUACUGGAUCCAGCAAGGUACACCAGACGCACACAUGGCAGCGCGAGUGCAUUCCCCCGUUUCCUUGAUUGACUGAUGGAUUGAUGCAGGGGACUUCGACCGCGCCAUUCGCCACCUGGACCGCCUCUCGAACGACAAGGCCCGCGAGAUGGCGCAGGAGUGGGCCGUGAAGGUCAGAGACGUCAUCUGCCUGCACCGGGCGAUGGAGGUACGCCGCACCGACCCACUCACUCACACACGCACACACACACACACACACGUGUGCCUGCCUGCCUGCCCGCCAUGUGUGCAGGUGCUGAUAUCACGUGUGGAGUGCCUGAAUGCGAGUGUCCUGAACUGAGCUACAGCUGCCUGACUUUGCUUUGCUUUGUGCUUGCUUUGCUUUGCUGGGGAGGGAUUCGACGCGACGCGUGUUUUGGCGUGUUUGGGUACAUAGUCAGUGUGAGUGGAUGGAUCGAUUUGUCAGCCGAGAGUGAGAGCACAAGCACACACACACACACAGUGUUUAAACCCAUCCAUCCAUCAUCUUUUUCGGUGUCUCGGCGGGUAGGGAGUUUGGAUGCUGAUGGUGCUGUAAAGGUCGGUGUGCGUGAGGGAGGGUGGGAGCGAGGGAGGGUGGGUGUGGACAAUUGUGAGAGCACAGAGACGCACCAUAGCUAUUGGGCAAGACGAGCAAUGUAUGGGUAAUGCAGACAGACACACGCCUCUGCUGGGGCAAAUCAUGAUGCUGGCGAUCGCUUAAUCGGUACUCUCUCUACCUCUGUGUGUCCGUGUCUGUGGCGUGCUUAUUCCCUCUCUCGCUCCC